AUGGAUGAGUUAGUCUUGCCACUAGGUCGCUCCGCUUCCGUGCUGGAUGUGUUCGAAAGAGCAGUCCAGGACCCUUGCUCCUUGGACAUAGACGAGCAGGAUGAAACUGACAUGCUCGACCGCGACUACCAGGGCUAUGACGCGUACACUGGCGCGCCCGAGCCCGCCGCGGACAACAGCGCGCUGGUGAAGGACAAUAGCUUUGUCGCAUCGAUCUGUCCCAGCACUGGACUGGACCCCUUGCAAGAGGAAGAGGACGCACUGUGCGAGAAGGAGUGUGCCCAGGAGUGUGCCCAGGAGUGUGCUUCGGAUGAGCAAGGGAAGAGGAAGUUGGCGCGGAGGGCCUCCGCUGCGUCAAGCACCUCUUGCUCGUACGUCUCGGACACCUCGUCCUGCCAAUCAGUCAACGACAGGGUGAACGUAUUGAACCUGGAUGAGCCGAACAAAGUGAAAGAGCAAGAGUAUGAGUUCCGCAACCCGUUUAAGGAGAAGAAUGAGCGGCAAUCCGCUGAGGGACAGGACUGCACUGCUAGGCCUCCCAUGACACCAUCUGCUCGCGCUUCUGUGGAGGAGUUCAAGCUGCGGAGGACACAGACAGAACCUGAGUUUCCUAUAAGGCCCUCGGUGCUGUCAAGGCGCAACACUUGCAAUAUGCUGCACCAAAUUAACACCCGCUCGCAAUCAAUACAGGUCGGCAGAUCAAGGGCACCCAGUCUAAGGCGCAUUUCAACUAACGGAAACAGCAUAACCUAUGGUAGGAGCGGUGUGUCCAUACCGAUGCGGAGCAACAGUACCAUACCCGCCAGAAGCAACAGCACUACUUUCAUGAGCAACAAUAUCAUUAGGGAAAGAUCGAACUCUGCCACUCCGGUGGGUGAUUCUCCGUCAAGAACUUAUUCCCGUGGAAGUUUUGGCAUCCCAACACACUUAUAUUCUCUUGAAAAAUACGUAUCUUCGCAACUAGACGCUUUAGCCACCAAGGAGUAUGACAGCGAAGCCGCUAAACAAGUUGAGAACCAGCGCGAAUUGAGAAAUAAGCGGAGUAACACAGUUUCAUACAUUGGUAGCUCGCCUUUCAACAGAACUAGAAGUAAUACAGAAUCGUCCUUCGGAGCAAAUCAAAAUCCUCCCAUAAGAUGUGGGAAUGCUAGGAAAAAAUCUUUCAUCGAGCUUUCCUUAGAGAAUUCCUUUGCUAGUUAA